GCACCUUAUCCACCAAGAAGAUAUUCUUUAAAAUUUAGAAAGAAGCAACGAAGGAGAGAUUUGUGAGGUAAAGAGAAAUAUGAAUGGGAUACAGCAGAUAGCUCUUCCAGUUUUGGGGAUUGUAGCUGCUGCAGCUGUUACCUUCUAUGCUGUGAGCUUUGCUGAGCUCAGCGAGAAAUCUUUUAGGGACUUGGACGAGAAAGAUAACGAGAUUGUUGGAUAUAAGCCAUCUCCAAGCUCUAGGGAAAAACGGUCCAGAAGAAAAGCUGAAAAACAAGCCAAAGGUUGACGACAAAGCUUCUUGGACGUUUUUAAAGGUGCUGCUGCACUUCUACUUCCAAUCCCAGCAAUUUGCAAAUUAUUAUAAGAUUGCAUUUUGAUUACAAAGGCCCUUUUGGUUUGAGGAUAUGUCGAUGAACGCGUUGUAAAAUGGAAAUUAUAAUUUAGAAAUUAUGCUCAGAAAUUGUUGUUCAUGUU